AUGUCAGAGACCCUGAUCACGGGCCACACGUCCGAGGACCUGCUGGCCGACUUCGAGACCCUGCUGAACUCUGGCAGCAUCGAACUGGGCGAGGACCACCAGAUAGUGAUCAUCACCACUCCCGGCACCGAGGGGCUCCACCCGGCCACCGCCCCCACCAGCACGGGGGAGAUCCUGCUGUUCGCCACGCCCCAGGGCCCAGCUGAUGUUGGGGUCCAGGACAAGAGGCGGCCGGCUCUGGGGAGACCUCCGGUAAAGAGGAAGUUGGACCUGGAUAGUGACCAUCAGUAUGUCAGCACCACUCGAGUGUGCAUUGGCAAAGCACCACCCUCAACACCUGCUCCUCCCAGAGUUCCUCGAACCACAACGGAGAAGUCGCGGUAUGACACUUCUUUGAAUUUGACCACCAAGCGGUUUCUGAGCCUGUUGUCCGAGUCCGCUGACGGCGUGGUGGAUCUGAACUGGGCCUCUCAGGUCCUGGACGUCCAGAAGAGACGCAUCUACGACAUAACCAACGUCCUGGAGGGAAUCCAGCUCAUCUCCAAGAAAUCCAAGAACAACAUCCAAUGGCUUGGCAACCGAAUCGACCCAACGUUGGUUUCCCGCCAUAAGGAGUUAGAGCAGGAGGUGUGUGACCUCACUGAGGCCGAGGAGCAGCUGGACCAGCUUAUUUCCAAAUGCAACCUGCAGCUGCGGCUGCUCACAGAAGAACCACAGAACAAGAAGUUGGGCUAUGUGCGCUGCCAGGACCUGAGGAAGUCAUUUGAUUCCCCAGACCAUCUGGUGAUGGUGAUCAGAGCUCCACCUGAGACCCAGAUGCAAGUUUCAGAACCCAGCGAGGGUUACCAGGUGUCACUGAAGAGCACGCACGGUCCUAUCGACGUCUUCCUCUGUCCAGACGACAGCUCGGGCGUGUGUAGUCCCAUGACAGGAAGUAGUCCCACAAAACCCAACGCUGACCCCUCCUUGGUCCCGCCUCACACACAACCCACGGACCAAUCCCUAUCCACCAACUCUCUGGAGGUGGGUUUAUCAUCCCCAGCGUCGACGUCUUCCACAGUGACAGCCGUCUCCCAGCAGGACCCCUCAUCACUGGUGUUAGGUGGAGACACAGAAUCGCUGCUGGGUGGGGAUCCGUUCUCCAGCCUCGGAGACAUGCCCGACUUUGACCUCUCACCCCUCUCUUCCUCAUACUUCCUGAACGGAGAAGGCCUCCCUCUCCCAUUGGACGGUUUCAUCAACCUGUCCCCCCCUCACAGUCAUGAUUACCAUUUUGGACUGGAGGACCACGAAGGCAUCAGUGAACUGUUUGACUGUGACUUCGGGGACCUGUCCCAUGUUUUGGGGGACAGUUAGAUGAAAAAGGAGGAGAAACGUGGCGAAAUAAUUCUAAAUUCAGGACAUUAUCCUCUGUCCCCUGCGGCUUCUAAAGGAAGGAUGGACACCAACAUUUUUUGGAUAAAUAUUUGUAUAAAAAAAAAAAAGUUGAAUGUUUUAAGUUUUA